UCGCUUUUGCAGGAAAGAGGGGAAGAGGGGUACGAAUUGACCUGCCCCACCACUGACCACUCCCACUGGGGUCCUCGUCAUCAUCAACAAGUAAGCUCGCGACAUCAACAGUAUCAGUUUCAGAGCUCCCUUUUCUGGCGCCUAAACCCCCAUUUUCAUUUUCACUUUUUGCGCUCAUUCUUGGAUUCUAUUAUCUGCAGCGUUGCGACUACAAUCAGCCAUGUCUAUUACUCUCGAGUCCGUACUAGCUGCCUCGCCAGCUACAACCCGCGGCCAGCCCACACAGCUGUCUUCCUGCCCAAAAGGCGAGCGCAUAGCUUAUGCUUCUGGGAAAUCAAUCUUCCUCAGGAGCAUCGACAACCCCGAGGUCAGCAAGCAGUACACCGGCCAUACCGCCCAGACGACCGUUGCGCGCUUCUCACCCAGCGGAUACUACGUCGCCAGUGGUGAUGCCUCGGGGUUGGUGCGUGUAUGGGAUGCGGUGGAGGCGGUCAACACGAAGGGCGAAUACCCGAUCAUAUCUGGGCGCAUCAACGAUAUUGCGUGGGACGGCGACUCGCAGCGCAUAAUAGCAGUUGGAGAUGGACGCGAGCGCUUCGGUCACUGUGUUACGGCAGAUAGCGGAAACUCUGUGGGGGAAAUCAGCGGACAUUCGUCAAUCAUUAACAGCGUUUCGAUUAGGCAGCAACGACCUCUCCGAGCGGCUACUGCGAGUGACGAUAUGAGCAUGGUCUUCUUGCAUGGAGCACCGUUCAAAUUCAAUUCGAAGGUCGGAGCGCUGCAUAAGGGAUACGUCUAUGGUGUUGCAUUCUCACCGGAUGGAAGCACUCUGGUCUCUGUCGGCGCCGAUAGGAGAAUACAACUUUAUGAUGGCAAGACAGGAGAGGCGACCAAGCAGAUAGGCGAGGGCGAGCACAAGGGUUCUAUCUUCGGCGUCUCGUGGUCCAAGGACUCAAAAAAGCUUGUUACGUGCAGCGCAGAUCAAACCGUCAAGGUCUGGGAUGUCGAGUCUGGCAAGAACGUGCAAACAUGGCGCUUUGGUGGGGAGGGCAACGUUAGCAUCCCAGACCACCAAGUUGGUGUUGUGUGGCCCGCUGGACGAAGUGAUGGGUUAAUCAUCAGCAUUAACCUCAACGGUGACCUCAGUUACCUCACCGAAGGCUCCGAAAAGCCGCUCAAGGUUGUGCAAGGUCACAACCGCAGUGUCACAGCCAUCGGUGUUAGCGACAAGACCCUUUGGACGGGCAGCUUCGAAGGCCGUGUAUGCACAUGGGAUAUCGCCUCCGGCAAAGGUCUCGCAGUCCGCGGCCAAACACACACCAACCAGGUAACCGGCUUCACGAACACACCCGACCGAACUUACACCAUCGGAUGGGACGACAACCUCCGCAUCGUGGACGAGCCAACCCAGACUUUCGUGGGCGAGAGCACAAAGCUCGAUGCCCAGCCAAACGGCAUCGCCUCCGCCUCCGGCCGCGUCUACAUCGCCACCACGACCGGCGUCGACGUUUUCUCCAAGGACAAGCUCGUCCACCAGCACGCAACCAAGGAUUUCACACCCACCGCCAUCGCAGCCUCCAAGGAUCUCCUCGCCCUAAGCGACGACGCGAAUAGCGUCCACAUCUUCACCGUCUCCAGCUCCGGCACCCUGACCCCCUCAACCGUUCUCUCAAAAUCCACCGCAAAAGUAACAGCGCUCUCCUUCUCGCCCUCCGGCGCGCUGCUCGCAGCGGGUAACUCGUCGGGUAAGAUCGUCGUCUACGAUACGGGGUCGUGGGAGGUGGCUACGGAUCGCUGGUCGGCGCACACGGCGCGCAUCCAGAGUAUUGCGUGGAAUGCGGCGGGGACGCAUGCUGUUAGUGGGGGGUUGGAUACUAAUGUACAUGUUUGGAGUUUGGCGCAGCCGGGGAAGAGGGUUAAGGCCGCGAAUGCGCAUAAGGAUGGUGUGAAUGGGGUGGUGUGGGCGGGGGAGGGGAAGGUUGCUAGUGUGGGUGGGGAUGCGGCGGUGAAGUUGUGGAAGGUUGAGGGGUUGGCGUAGAUAGGCAGGUGAAAAUGGGGCUUUGGUGUAAAUGAGUGGGGUGAAUAGGGGUAUAUGAAGCGCAGCAUUGGGAAGCUAGUUCGUGUUUUUGCAUUGAUCGUUUCUGAUAUUCUUUGCAUCUAGUAGAAUAUCUAACGCCCGAUUUGUGUCGUGGGUAUCGUAUUUUCUUACAGUAACCUCCAACGCCC